AAGUUAUCAACAACAGACAAUUAUUGCCAACUAAAGGCAGAAGAAGCAGCGAUGUCACGACUGUUUUUGCCAAAUCGUUUUUGUGCCAAAUGUACCCUAAUAGCAACGCGUGGGUCUAAUAUAUUGCCACUGCGAGCCGUAGUGCGUUACAAGCAGCAGCAGUCAGAUAAACUGGGUGGUUUUAUUCAUGAGCAGAGACGAUAUGUCGGAGAGGCGAAUCCAGUGUUUUUUAAAUACAGGUCAAAGUCCAGGAUUUGGGUAUGUGGAGUUGGUGUGGGGAUUGCUAUAGCUAUCGGACUGAAAUACAACGCAGACACAUCCAAUAGUUCCUGUGAUGAUACAAUGAAGGAGGUGCAGAGGACUGAUCGAUACAGCGGUGCCAUAAAAGUUAGCAGGGACCUGGUGGAGCGGAUCAAGGUAAGCAUGGAGGAUGAGGUCGGGGCUCCAGGCCUGGUGGUGGGGGUCUCUGUGGACGGUGCUCAUAUCUGGAGUGAAGGGAUCGGUUAUGCUGAUUUGGAGAAUCGUGUGCCAUGCGACCCAGGAACAGUGAUGCGAAUCGCCAGCAUCAGUAAGCCCCUCACAUCUGCAGCUGCUGCACGGCUCUGUGAGGAGGGGAAACUGGAACUUGAUAUCCCUGUCCAGAAAUAUGUCCCGGAAUUCCCCCAGAAACAAUUUGAUGGAGAGGAUGUCACAAUAACCCCUCGAAUGAUUCUGUCCCACCUGAGUGGAAUCCGGCAUUAUGAGAAGGAUGCAAAGAAAGUGAAGGAGGACAGGGAGAAAGCAAAGCGUCUGUUAAAGGCAGAAAAGAAAGAGGAUGAGAAGAGCUCAUCUGAAAACAAUGAUAAACCUGCAACAGAACACAAAGAAAACAAAGGCAACGAAGCCACAAAGGCUCAGAAGAAAAAAGAGUUUGAACACGAGGAAUACUACUUAAAGGACAACUUUGAAAACGUCACUCACGCCUUGGACCUCUUCAAGGAUGACCCACUCAUUUUCAAACCUGGCACCACCUUUCUGUACUCCACCCAUGCCUUUACCCUGCUUAGUGUUGCUAUGGAGCGUGCUGCUGGACAGCACUUCCUUGAUGUGAUGAUGAACAUGUUCCGUGAGCUGGGAAUGCUCAAUACUGUUCCUGAUGAGAAUGACCCUAUUAUUUACCACCGCUCCAGAUAUUAUCAUCUCAACAAGAGAGGACGUGUUGUGAACUGCCCGUACGUAGACAACUCGUACAAGUGGGCAGGAGGUGGUUUCCUUUCCACAGUGGGGGACCUGCUGCUGUUCGGUAACGCUCUGCUCUACAGCUACCAGGCUGCCCACCUGAAGGACACUGAGGGCUUGCUCCCUGGCUUCCUCAAACCUAAUACUGCUAUAGAUCUGUGGGCACCAGCUGACAGGACAGAGGCCACCUGGGAUAAAGAUGGAUUGUAUGCCCAAGGCUGGCUGGUAGUGGAGAAACUACAGAAAUACGGGCAGUGCAGGAAACGCAGACACUAUGUAUCACACACCGGAGGCGCUGUGGGCGCCAGCAGUGUCCUCAUGGUGUUACCCAGUGAGGAGAUAGAUGAGCACCAAGGACAGACCCCUCCCCUUCCACAGGGGGUGGUGGUCACCAUCAUUGCUAACAUGCAGUCUGUGGGACUCAACAGCACAGCACUGAAAAUAGCCCAUGAGUUUGACAAAGCCAAAAGCCUCUAAGUGUAAGUUGUUUACAGACAUGUAGGAGUUUAUAUUUUACUGAAAAGUAUUUAAACCAUGCAUCACAUUUUAAUAACUCUAUUCCAAAAGUUUAAAGGAUGUUAUAGAAAUUUUAUAUAUAUUAAGCUUGUAUUUUCUAUACCUUUUAUAAUUACCAUUGGAACACUUACAGAGAACUUAUACUGCCACUAGGUGGAAGCAAUUUCCUACAUUUCUAAAGCAAAAAAAAGUCACUGACUUAUAGCAUCAGUUUGUUGGCCUAAUACAAAGGUUCUCGCCAUAUUUUAAAAGCUAACACAACAAUUUAAUAUAUGUUUUUUCUGCAUUUGAAGAGAAAAACAACCCUUUCUUACACAAUGGAAGGAGAAUGUUGGCCAUUUAAAGCAGCAUAGUCCACCACAAAAGUCUCUACGUCACAUGUAGUGAUUUUUAGGGCCCACUCUGAACAGAUAUUUCCUCAGAACAACUUGAAAUGCUUUGGGAAAGACCCUUUUGUCUGUUGACCUAACACUACUCAAAAGGGUGACAUUUUACUCACUGCUGCCAACUUUCAAGUGUUGAAAUUGAAUUCGACCACAAGUACAAUCCUGCCUAGAAGAAGGACAGUUCCUGGUUUCAAUGACUGAAUGAGUUUGCGGCAAAACUAGUUUGAAUUUUAACAAAAGUUGACUAAAUUUAAAAUGUAGUUAGAAAAGGUUUUUUUCUCUUCCAGUUCUUUCUUAGCAACUGUUGGAUAAUACUGGAGGUCCAUCAAAAUGGAAAAACAAACAAUCUAUAGGCAAUGUAGUCCAACAAGUUUUAUAUAUCUCCUAACCUUGCUGAAUUGAGGCACGUUUGAUGCUUCCAUUACUAUCCAAUACUACUGGGAUCUCUGGUGCCCCUGUUUUGUGGUUUAAGGGGACUGAAGAAUGGCUUGGGAUACACUAAUUACACAUACUCCCAAAUAGUGUGUCACUAAGUUUGUUGUGUGUGUUCUGUGUUCUGCAUGUCUAGCUUUAAAAUAUCCUAUUUUGGAUUUAAAACUGCAGAGUAAAGAGUUUGGUUUUUUUAAAGUGAGGUCAUCCUGACCAGUCCUGGCUGCUUCAGGGAGCAAUUAUGGUUUAGAGUUAAAAUCAGAUUUAGGAUUAGGUUAAGAAUAGCCUUAACGUUGAGGUUAGGAAUGAAGUACUGAUGGUUUGGGUCAUCGGACGGAGAAUGACAUCAGUGUGUGUGUGUGUGUGUGUGUGUGUGUGUGUGUGUGUGUGUGUGUGUGUGUGUGUGUGUGGGUGUGUGUGUGUGUGGGUGUGUGUGUGUGUGUGUGUGUGUACAGAAAUCACACAGUCAAAUCAGUAGGGGUCGUUGCAUAUAUUUACACAAUUGCAAUAUAUUUAGUAACUGCAUACUGAGCAUAUUCAUGAGACAAGGGGACAAUUGAAAAAUCCAUAUUUCAAGUUCCUAUUUGACAUCCAACUAUGCAUUGUAAAUACAUUUCAGGCAAAGAACAUUGAUUGAAAUGUGAUUUAACACGAGUAACACCAGAGGCAACUUCAUAGCUGUGCUGAAAAAGUCUAUUGUGCAAGAUGUGAUUCAAUUCCCAACUGCUCACACUUGUUUCACACCCUGUAUGUGUGUGUUAAAGAAUUACACCUCUCUGUAGCAAACAGUAUGGACUCCAGAUAUCUCAUGUGACCAUUGACCAGCUCUUCUCUUUGACUUUAGUUAAGGUUAGAGAAAGGAGUUUUUCCAUCUUUCUAUUGGUCUUAUAGUGACACCCGAAACAGUAUCAUCUCUGAGAAUUCCUUCAUUGUCCCACCAGACACACAGCACAAACAGAAACACAUUUAAAACAGAAGAAAGUCAUACUCUCUGUUGUACUCUCCAAUACUGUGGCUGGGGUAUGUUCUGUUGGCUCUGUUGCUUGGCUUUCAACAUCCUGUGUGAGGACAUAAUGGAUGGUUAUAAUCUUUAAAAGAAAACAUUGUGGCUGAAUUACAAUAAUAGCACAAACUGUAUAACACACAAAGCUCUUCCACAUCUAAGUGCUAUUUUAGACGCCAUGAGAACGUUUUGCAAUCAUACAUCCAUACUGUACUUACUUGCGAAUGUAGUAGAUCACAACAGCUAUUGCCACUAAGAUGAGGAGGGCAACAAUGACCAAGGCUGCAAUUAACCCUGCUUGCCCUGUAUUGGUGGAACUGCUGAAGAGCUGGAACUGCUCACAUCGGCUGCCUUUAUAAUUGUCAUUGCAACUGAUUUCAGAAAAACAUAAAUGGAGGCUGUCAGUGCAUAGGAAAAUUAUCAACAUAUUGCUAUUUUCUGACAACAGAUUUUCCAACAUAAAUUAGAUUCCUAAAGACUCUUUCAUACAUCUUAGACAAGAUUACAGUUUUCAUCAACUUACACACAGGAGAGAGUAUUCAUGGCAUGUAUUUUAUAGCAUGUCCCUCCAUUCAUGCAAUAGGUGGCUUCCUGCCCAUUGCAAGGGACUCCAUGAUCUACACAGACAUAAUAAUUAGAUCUCAAUAAUCACUUUUUUAAAACAUUUGUUUCUUCUGAUCAGUUUUUGAUAUUUUAUUACCUGCCAUCAUUUGGAAUGUUUUUUAUCCCUGUUUCCUGAGAACACAGGAAAGAAAUGUCUCAGAAAAUAAUGUAACCACUUUGAAAAGCAUGACAUAACCACAAGUUUGACUUGCCAAUGUAUGGAAACAAGGUUGCCUAUAUAUAAAUAGUUUUUUGAGGCUAAAUGACGUCAUGAACUAAUACUGAGUUAUGAGAGGAAUAUAUUGUGACUCCAACUGAAAAUGAAUCAAAAAAUCUUCUCUUACCAGCUCCUGAAAGUCCUGCUGUUGGUAGUUAGUGCAGGUUCCUGAGGUGAUUCAUAGUGACGCUUCGCAAUAGCUCCCAACGGCUUUUUGUUGUACUUCUGAAGACGCUGUCAUGUGGGUGUGAUCCUCCCUUGGCCUAAAGAAAUGUUGUGAUUGCAGUUUGUCCACAUUGUGAAUGGCAAGGUAAACGUCAGUUGAGUGGAGGUAAUUUGUCUGUGUGUGUCAUUUAAUGGCAUGUGAGCAAUACAUACAGACUCAACAGAGGUAUUAAAAUUUGACGUCUUUGUUUCAGAUUAAACUGAGUACAUCACAUUUUGUUUUUGUUCUCUGAGGUUUAGUUGCAUCAGGAGAUCAGGCAGAGGAUUGUUGAUGAAAUCACUUGUUGUGCAUAUGAGCUCAGUGUGUUUGGGUUUCAGAAACAGCUGAAUGACUGGUAUGUAAAGAAGGCAUGAAUGGAAUCGUGGGAACAUUUUUGAAGUCUAAAAAGAAAUCGCUUCCUUCAGACAGAUAAUUACGGUUGUGCGCUCAGAACCGUUAGUUGACUCAUCAGCUAAUCAUCAUGAAUUGUUCAAUGCAUUCCAGUGACCACAGGUUAAAAUAGCCACACCAAAGUAUUUAGUUAAACUAUUAUAAGUAAUAGUCCUGGAUUAGUAAUAAGUAAAUGGACGGUAACAACAAAGUAUUGACUCUACAAUUAAAAAGUAAAAGUCUCAUAAUGCAAAGUGGCUUCUCUCAUUGUUAUAAUAUAAUAAUAUUAGAUAAUUAUUGUUGAUGUAUGUAUUAUGUUUUUUGUUUUUGUCAAUAUGGAGCCUAUUUAAGUUGUAUGUGUGUGUAUGUAUAUAUAUAUAUAUAUAUAUAUAUAUAUAUAUAUAUAUAUACACACCUUUGGUAGUUUAAUCUCUUUAACAACAGAUAAUGUUUAAUGAACUUUCCAUCUAAAAUUUUGAUUUAAAACAACAAAUAACCAUCAUUUUUAAAUAAAUGUAGUGUAUUAUUAUUAUUAUUAUUAUUAUUAUUAUUAUUACAGAGUACCAUACAAUGGAAAUACUUAGAUAUAGUAUGAGUACUUCAAAAAUGUAUUUAAGUAACACAUUGUGUUGUUUUGAGUUAUGUAAAAAUGUCAAGACAAACUCGAUAAUAAUAACUUAUGGGUACGUAGGUGA